AUGCCUCAAAUUUGAAUUAAGACCAAAAACAAAUUGUAGUUUUCAUGAAUUUUUAAAUAAGAUCUACACAAUUUUGACUUUGUGGCUGUGAUAACUAGUGACAACCCAACGUCAGUGACAAGUUCCUUAGCACAGCUUUCAAUUACUGCAUCUUAUACAUGUACUACAUUGCAGAUAGAUAUUUAGGAAACGGGACGCAUCUAACGGAGCAUCGUGCAUAUGCGAAUCAUCCACCUGCUACAGGAAUAUGGCACCAGGACCAGGUUUCAGUGAUGAAAAGAAUGAGACAUUGUGCGAGAGUGAAAGUACUGUCUAUGUGCAUAACCCCCACCUGGAUGGGAUGAAAGAUGACAUUCUCUACCACUUUAACCUGGGGACCUCCACACACAACCUGCCUGCCAUGUUUGGCGAUGUCAAAUUUGUGUGUGUUGGGGGCAGUCCCUGGAGAAUGAAGUCCUUCAUAGAGUACAUUGCUGGAGAGCUGAGUCUGGAGGACCCCAAGGCUGAGUACCCCAACAUCUGUGCAGGAACUGACCGCUAUGCCAUGUACAAGAUUGGCCCCGUGUUGUCUGUCAGCCAUGGCAUGGGUAUCCCCUCCAUCGCCAUCAUGUUACACGAGCUCAUCAAGCUCCUCUACCAUGCUCGCUGCACUGAUGUUACCAUCUUUCGCAUUGGGACCUCCGGUGGAUUAGGCCUUGAGCCUGGCACGGUUGUUGUCACCAAGCAGUCAGUAGACGCCACCUUCCUGCCCAGGUUGGAGCAGGUCAUCCUGGGGAAUACUGUGGUACGCAGCACGGACCUGGACCAAGGUCUGGCUGAAGAGCUGCUCCAGUGUAGCAAGGACCUGGGUCAAUUUGAGACGGUCGUCGGAAACACUAUGUGCACAAUGGAUUUCUAUGAAGGACAAGCGCGUCUGGAUGGGGCCUUCUGCUCCUACACAGAGAAGGAUAAACAGGACUACUUGACCAAGGCCUAUGAGUCUGGGGUUCGGAACAUCGAGAUGGAGUCUUCCGUGUUCGCUGCCAUGUGUAAACUCAGCGGGCUGAAAGCGGCCGUGGUGUGUGUGACGCUAUUGGACCGUCAGAAAGGUGACCAGCUGAUCAGCUCUCAUGAAGUUCUCCACAGCUACCAACAACGUCCUCAGAUACUGGUCGGUCACCUGAUCAAGAAGAUGCUCCAAACCUCAGCCUCAGUUGCAGUUCUUGACAAAAAAACGGUGCUCCAGGCACCUACUACAUAACCCAUUCAAAGGCACGUUUGUCUUGCCCUUUCACCAUCUGAAUGGCACACAUAGACAAUCCAUGUCUCAAUUGUCACAAGGCUUAAAAAUCCUUCUUUAACCCGUCUCCUCCACUUCAUCUACACUGAUUGAAGUGGAUUUAACAUGUGAUAUCAAUAAGGGAUCAAAGCUUUCACCUGUAUUCACCUGGUCAGUGUCAUGGAAAGAGCUUAAGCUUAAUGUUUUGUAUACUCAGUGUAAGUGUAAUUUAGUGCAGCACUGAUUCACAGUCAUUCAUUCCAUAUAGCCUGGCUGCUUUCACUAUGGAUUUUCGCAAUCAUUCUCAAUAGCAAUCAUUGACCGUAUAGAAGCCAAUAUAUAUCUAUAUCUAUCAUAUCUAUUGUUUCUGGAUUGUAAGCUAAGUGUAAUCAAAUUAGUAUAGUAAUCAUGAGAAACAUCAAACACACCUCUUACCUGACACUACCUCUGUUUUUAUACCAAAUAAACCAAUGCUGAGCAAAGUAAAGUAACUUGUUCCAUAAGUUGUUGCUUUGUGUAACAUUAGAAAAUAUAUUAUACACAGUUUGUUUUUAAAACGUUUUUUUAACCCCAAGCCUUUAAGAUGAAAUGUUUUGUUUUAAUUCACCAGUAUGUAUAUUUUAGUUUUAUAUGCUGUAGCUAUGGUAACGAGCAAGUUAUGAAUAUUAAAGAUAAGACUUCUCUGCACCUCUUUAGCUACUUUGAAGACUUAUCAACACUGCAUUGUACUGUACUAUCAAAUGUUGCUCUGAAACCAUAAUCAUACAUACAACGUGUCGUCCUGUUACUGAGAAAAUAUGUAACUGAGUGUUUCUAAUGUCACCUAAUGAGUAAUAAAACCACAAAUACUGUAAA